ACCUCCAAUCAAUGAAACCAUGAAAGAUUCCAGCUUCCAUCCUAUACCCCCCCCCUGGGGUCCUGGGAAAGGGACUGGGAGCAGCACAAGCAUCUACUACUGCACUCCAGCUUUAAUCCUCCUCUCCACACCCCCCUCAUUCCACUCCCCUGUCAGCCAGGGGUGAGCACUCAAUCCAUUAGGGUUUCUCCUGUUCACACAAGUGAAGGCAGCAGAUAUAGUCGCACUGAGCGACAAGGCUCUUUCCAGCAUCAUAAAAAAAAGUUGCAGCUGACACAGGAGCCAGUGGAUCGCACUUCUGCCUGCGACUUCCCUUUGCGCCUUUAAUACAGAACUGCUGGCUCCCAAACCAGGGAGGAUUUAUUUGCUGCGACUGUCGCUGGAGAAAGGGAAGGAGAUGUGCAGCAGAAGCAGCCGCUUUUCUUCUCCCCCAAGCAGCCUGAGAGGCGGAGCUGGUCCCUCCUGCGAAGUGUAGGUGAGCGCUGAGAAAGAGAGAAGCGACCAGGCGCGUUUUGUAGCUGCUGCAAGCGCAAAGGGAGCUGGAGACGCCAGAGUCUGCGCAAACGGUGCUGCCUUGCCCCGGAGGGGUAACCGGGUACAGCAGGAGGGCAGCACAAGGAUGCUGGUAGGAAAUGCCUGGAGCCAGAGAGCAGGAGCUCUGUCUGAAAGCGGUGCGGCUGCUGGCGGAUUUGUGCUACAGUGGCAUCGUUGAGGACGACAGCUGCUUGGAUUUCAUCUACUACUUAAGGGACCGCGCCCGACCUCGGCUCUCCGACUCAGAUGUCUCGGUGAGCUUGCUGUCUCUACUGGUCACUGCUUGUGGACUGGCCCUCUUUGGGGUCUCCCUGUUUGUGUCUUGGAAACUCUGCUGGAUUCCGUGGCGUGAGCAUGGAUUGAAAGGCAUUACAGAACAUGAGCACCUUAACUACACGGACAGUGACACCAAUGAGCGAGAUUACAGCGACAACUAUCUAGGGCAACCCUCGCUCUUCCCUGAGUCAUCAAUGAAGAUCAGUCAUACUUCUCCCGAUAUUCAACUGGAAGCCAAGACCAGUACCAAGGAAAAUUGUGUCCAUAAUGUCCGGAUACAUCGCCAAAUCACUGAGCCAACCUCCUCUGCUAGACACAAUUCCAUUAGAAGACAACUAAAUCUCUCCAAUCCGGAUUUCAACAUCCAGCAGUUCCAAAAGCAAGAUCAGCUGACAGGAAUCGGGCGUAUCAAACCGGAGCUGUACAAGCAAAAGUCAGUGGAAACGGACGAUGGCAGGAGGAACAAUAGCAAAUCGUGUGGGAAGCUCAAUUUUGUCAUUAAGUAUGAUUGUGACCUGGAAAAACUUAUAGUUAAGAUUCACAAAGCGGUCAACCUUCCGGCCAAGGACUUCUCUGGAACCUCAGAUCCUUAUGUCAAGAUCUAUUUGCUUCCAGAUCGGAAAACCAAGCACCAGACAAAAGUCCAUCGAAAGACGCUCAACCCAGUGUUCGAUGAAGUUUUUCUAUUCCCCGUACCUUAUAAUGACCUGCCCACCAGGAAACUCCACUUCUCCGUCUAUGACUUCGACCGAUUUUCUAGACAUGAUGUCAUCGGCCAGAUCAUAGUGGAUAAUUUUUUAGACUUGGCCGAUUUUCCUAGGGAAAGCAAUAUCUGGCGGGAUAUCGAGCAUGUCACUAACGAUAACGUUGAUCUUGGUGAUUUGAUGUUUUCCCUCUGCUAUCUCCCUACUGCGGGAAGGCUCACAAUUACUAUCAUAAAGGCAAGAAACCUGAAGGCCAUGGAUAUAACAGGAGCAUCAGAUCCCUAUGUGAAGGUUUCAAUCAUGUGCGAAGGGAGAAGGCUAAAGAAAAGAAAAACAUCCACAAAAAGGAACACCCUCAAUCCAGUUUACAACGAAGCCAUAGUGUUCGAUGUCCCUCCAGAAAAUAUUGAUCAAAUCAGUUUAUUAAUAGCCGUAAUGGAUUACGACCGUGUAGGUCACAAUGAGAUUAUUGGUAUAUGUCAAGUCGGCAACGAUGCGGAGAGUUUAGGCCGGGAACAUUGGAGCGAGAUGCUGUCGUACCCACGGAAACCUAUAGCACAUUGGCAUCCUCUUACCGAGUGGUCCGCUCAGGCUGCAGCCGCAGGCAACGGGUCUUGCAAUUCUUUGAAGGGUCCCCCAUCUCCAUGAUGAGAAGGCUGAAACGGGCGAGAGAAAUGCCCCAGACGGUGACAAAGCACAUCAAGGAGUGCCAACAUCAAAUCGCUGCCCGAGCCCCUUUAACGUCAGAAGGGAAGAGCCGAGAUGAUACAAUAUUUGUUUGUUUUCAAGUUCUUUGGGGGGUUUUUUUCCCUCUUUGCUGAUUUCUCCCUUUGGCUCAUGACCAGAAUGGGACUCCGGCAUGCUGGUGAUUCCAUAUACUGUAUCUCCUCCGCACAUUGUCGUAUUCUUCUGUUUUUUCUAAAAUAACUUGCAAUUAUGACACCUACACAUCCAACAUUAUCAUUUCUGACGCUUAAUUCCAGUCUGUUCUGUUUCGUAUUAAGUCCUAUCACAUCAGUGUUACAUUGACUCCUCCAAUGGUGUUUCUUGCAGAGUCAAGGACUGUCCGUCACUGAUAAAGAAGUUCCGUGGCAUGAAAUGUGCUCCCUUACUGGUGUAAGCCAUAGCAAACAGAUAACAGCUGGUUGCUAUAGGCAACUAGACCUGGAGCACACUUAAAGCCUUAGUAUUACACUGACUUUGACAUCGCCUGGCACUGACGGCCUGUUCUGUUAUACCAUAUUGUUGGUGGUGCAUGUUUUCAUUUUCAUUUCAACAUAUGAAAGGAUAUCAACCUUUGUUUCCAAAUUUUAUAUAAAGUCCAAAUCUUACAAACACGCAUUUCAUGUACUGUGUUUUAUUUCUAUAAACCCAGUAUGCUCGACUUAUUUUGUUCUUAAUAAAAGGAUGUCUAUGA